UCACUCUGCCUAUAUAUAUCUCUCUCUCUCUCUCUCAUAUACUCUCACUCAUCCCAUUAUAUUCUUGUAUUCAAUCCCACUUUAUUAUAAUUUAUAUCAUACAGUUAUAUAUGGCUGGAAUAAUUACAAUACAUUCUUCCAAAUACGGCCUACUACAUCUACUACUAAUUGUGGCAUUAAUCUGGUUCAGUGGAACUCCAGCAUCUGCUAGACAUCCCAAGUUGAAUCACCACCACCACCAUGUUCCUAAAAAGUUCUCCGAAAAUGGCCUUGGCCUAACUCCACAGAUGGGAUGGAACAGCUGGAAUCAUUUCCAAUGUAAUAUUGAAGAGAAGUUGAUUAGGGAAACAGCUGAUGCAAUGGUAUCAACUGGGCUUUCUGCACUUGGAUAUGAAUACAUAAACCUUGAUGAUUGCUGGGCAGAACUAAACAGAGACUCUCAGGGGAAUUUCGUAGCAAAAGCCUCUACAUUUCCUUCAGGAAUCAAAGCACUGGCAGAUUAUGUUCAUGGAAAAGGAUUAAAACUUGGGAUCUACUCUAGUGCUGGAACUCAGACAUGUAGUAAUCAAAUGCCUGGAUCUUUAGGAUAUGAAGAACAAGAUGCAAAAACUUUUGCUUCAUGGGGGAUUGAUUACUUGAAGUAUGACAACUGUAACAACAAUAAUAUCAGCCCAAAGGAAAGGUAUCCUGUAAUGGGAAAGGCUUUACUGAAUUCUGGGAGGUCAAUCUUUUAUUCUCUGUGUGAAUGGGGACAAGAAGAUCCUGCCACUUGGGCCAAGUCUGUUGGGAACAGUUGGCGAACAACUGGAGACAUUGUUGAUAACUGGGACAGCAUGACUUCUCGGGCAGAUAUAAACGAUCAAUGGGCAUCCUACGCUGGCCCGGGUGGAUGGAAUGAUCCUGACAUGCUGGAAGUUGGAAAUGGUGGGAUGACAACGGAAGAAUACCGGUCACAUUUCAGCAUAUGGGCAUUAGUGAAAGCUCCUCUGAUAAUCGGGUGCGAUAUUCGGUCAAUGGACAAAACGACACUGGCACUACUAAGCAAUAAGGAAGUUAUUGCGGUCAACCAGGAUAAACUUGGUAUUCAAGGGAAAAAGAUUAAGAAAGAUGGAGACUUGGAGGUGUGGGGAGGAGCCCUUAGUGAGAAUAGAGUUGCUCUAGUUUUAUGGAACAGAGGAUCUUCACAAGCGACUAUCACCGCUUACUGGUCAGAUUUAGGGCUUAAUUCAACAACAGUGGCCGAUGCAAGAGACUUAUGGGCGCAUUCGACCCAAGCAUCAGUACAAGGACAAAUCUCGGCUACUGUAGCUUCCCAUGAUUGCAAAAUGUAUGUCCUGUCUCCAAAGUGACAAAUGUUGAGCUACUUACUCAGUCCUUAUACGCAUUACUUGUGAUGGCUGAUAUUAUAUCUAAGUUGUGAUGAAAAAAUCUUAUCAAAUAGAUUAUUAUUAUUAUUAU